GACAACACUCCCCGCGGCUGCUGGGGAAUAAGAGGAACAGGAAGGGGAGGAGCUGUUUUGUGGCUGGCUGCUGAGUGAUCAGUCAACCACAACGAAGGGUAAUCGACUGUAUCCAGCGCUACCCGGGGGCCCGAGUGCCAGCUAGGGCCUCGGCCUGUGGGGCCUGGAGGGGUGAUCCGGUCCUGUCUACGAAGCCUGGCAAUGCCCCACCACCGAGUGUCAUCUGGCCAGGGCCACCUCAGAGCCGGCUGGGAGCAGAGGCUGGAGAGGUCCUUACCGGCACCCAAGUUGGGACUCGUUUGGAUGGGGCUGGGCCUGGCGCUAGUGCUGGUUCUGUUUGACUGCAUGAUUCUCUGGUCUCCUGCCAGAGCGUAUCCUCUUCCUGCCCAAGGACAUCCCUUCAAAUCCAAUGCUAUAGUGCCCCUGCUUCAGAAUGCCUUUGGGUGGCAGAACCUCACCUGCCCCGCCUGCAAAGUCUUAUUCACCGCUCUAAACUACGGGCUGAAGAAGGAGCCCAAUGUAGCACGGGUAGGCUCUGUGGCCAUCAAGAUGUGCAAGAUGCUGAACAUAGCACCACUAAAUGUGUGCCAGUCAGCUGUCCAUCUCUUUGAGGAUGAUAUGGUGGAGGUAUGGACACGUUCAGUUCUGAGCCCAUCUGAAAUUUGUGGCUUGCUUCUGGGCCCCUCCUGUGGACACUGGGACAUCUUUUCAACCUGGAACAUCUCUUUGCCAUCAGUGCCGAAGCCACCCCCCAAACCACCGAGCCCACCAGCCCCGGGCGCUCCUGUCAGCCGCAUCCUCUUCCUCACUGACCUACACUGGGACCAUGACUACCUGGAGGGCACAGAUCCUAACUGUGCAGAUCCACUCUGCUGCCGCCGGAGCUCGGGUUGGCCACCCAACUCCCAGGCAGGUGCUGGUCACUGGGGCGAGUACAGCAAGUGUGACCUGCCCCUUCGAACUCUGGAGAGCCUGUUGAAAGGGCUGGGCCCUGCGGGUCCUUUUGAUAUGGUGUACUGGACAGGAGACAUCCCUGCCCAUGAUGUCUGGCAACAGUCUCGCCAGGACCAGCUGAGGGCCCUGACCACCAUUACAGAACUCGUGAGGAAGUUCGUGGGGCCUGUGCCGGUGUACCCUGCUGUGGGCAACCACGAGAGCACUCCUGUCAAUGGCUUCCCUCCCCCCUUCAUAAAGGGGAACCAGUCUUCACAAUGGCUCUAUGAAGCCAUGGCCAAGGCCUGGAAACCCUGGUUACCAGCUGAUGCCCUUCAGACCCUCAGAAUUGGGGGCUUCUAUGCCCUUACCCCUCGCCCUGGCCUCCGCCUCAUCUCUCUCAAUAUGAAUUUUUGUUCCCGUGAGAACUUCUGGCUCUUGAUCAACUCCACAGAUCCGGCUGGUCAACUCCAGUGGCUGGUGGAGGAGCUUCAGGCUGCUGAGAACCGAGGAGACAAAGUGCAUAUAAUUGGCCACAUUCCUCCAGGGCAUUGCCUCAAGAGCUGGAGCUGGAAUUAUUACAAAAUUAUAGACAGGUAUGAAAACACUCUGGCUGGUCAGUUCUUUGGCCACACUCAUGUGGAUGAGUUCGAGAUCUUCUAUGACGAGGAGACUCUGAGCCGGCCGCUAGCUGUAGCCUUCCUGGGGCCCAGUGCUACCACCUAUAUCAACCUUAACCCUGGUUAUCGGGUCUACCAAAUAGAUGGAAACUACCCCGGAAGCUCCCAUGUGGUCCUAGACCAUGAGACCUACAUCCUGAACCUGACCAAGGCCAAUGCACCAAAAGCCACACCACACUGGGAGCUCCUCUACAGGGCUCGAGAAACCUAUGGACUUCCAGAUGCACUGCCUGCCUCCUGGCACAACCUGGUCUACCGCAUGCGGGACAAUGAGCAACUCUUCCAGACCUUCUGGUUUCUCUACCAUAAGGGCCACCCGCCUUCAGAGCCCUGCGGCACACCCUGCCGCCUGGCCACUCUGUGUGCCCAGCUCUCAGCCCGUGCAGACAGCCCUGCUCUUUGCCGCCACUUGAUGCCCAAUGGGAGCCUCCCAGAUGUCCAUAGCUUGUGGUCACGGACCCUGUUGUGCUAGUGUUCCAGAAGCUCGUGUAUUAGGAAAGGGACACAUUCCUAAGCACUGUUGAGUCAACCUGGCAAAAACUUCUGGGGAAGGAGCCCUGUCAGGCCAGGGAGCAAACCUUUUCAUGGAGAGCUUGUUUGGCUGGAUUUGGGGGAGGGUUUGGCUGCCCUACCCAUGCCCAGUAUCUGGAUUCCCCCUGAGGCUGAUGUCUUCUCAAGGUCAGAGUUGAGGUCAGUGCUCUGAAUAGCCAGACAGGACCUGUUAGCCCCAGGCCUGUGCUAUCCACCUGUUAACCCUAUACUGCUACCUGAUCCUGCCGGGCUGUUAAAUAAAGAGACUUGGACUCCA